AUGGCGGCAUGGAGGGUAUGGAUCUUGCUGUUGGUUGCGGCCGAGGGAGGAAGUUGGCAGGAGACUCCGAGGCUCGAGCCUGACUUGAGGAUCCUCGUCAAUGGCAGCGGCUCGUUCGACAUGGAUGUGGGGCCGGACGCUCUCGCGUUUGUCUCGAACCUCUCAGUGUCCAUCUGGUCCAGGAGAAAGGAAGGAGAUUGGGGAGAGGUUGCAAACUUUGACCUUCCGGAACAAGGAGGAGGGAACGAGAGUCUCGCGCCGAAGCUGAGGCUCUCACGAGGAUACCUUGCCGUCUGUGUUGGAAGAUCGAUCUACCUCUACGGGAAUCAUGUGGGAGCCAACGGCAGUUUCGUCAAGGAUGGCUGGGGGAAGUUGAAGCAUUUUCAAGUGAGCUACCCCAACGAAAGCCUUGACAUCCUCCCCAUGGACGUGGCGUUCGGAGCCAGAGUCCUCAUCGUGUCCUACUCCUAUGUAGGCGACGCGAACUCGACCUUGGUCAAGUUCUUCCCGUUUGCCACGAGAGGAUCGGAGGCCAGUCAAACUUUCCUCUUCGAUGACGUGGCAGGAGAAGGCUGUGGACGGUCCCUUGCGGUAGAUGAAGAGCUCUUCUACUCCUUUUCGGACGAGCUGGUGGCAAUCGGGUGCCCUGGCAACGGAACUACCGCCGGCUCGCUGGUGCUGGUAGAAAGGCCAACAAGGGAAGGAGACGACUGGGCGAUCACGCGGAGGCUGCAAGCGGUGGACGUCUAUGGGAACAGCGAGGCCGUGGUGGGAGACAAGUUCGGGGAGCAGGUUGCCUUGAGUUAUGGCUACCUGGCCGUGAUGUGCUCGAACUGCGAUGAAGGACGUGGAUCUGUUUUCAUCUUCCACAAGAGUCUUGAGGAUGCCGACAAGGAGGACAACAACUUCACUGGCUGGUCGCUUGCCAAGAAGUUGACGUGCGCUGCCUGCAAUUCGUUGUUGAGGACUUCGAUUUGUCUACGAGCAGCCGAACUUGGUUUGGUCGACUGGGAGCACUCGCAAGCCUAUCUGUUCGUCCGUGACAGUGAGGGACCCUACAGUUUUGCGAUGGAAGCGAUUUACAACGUUCCCUACCUGAACGACACGAGCGAUGGGGUUGCCUCUUGCCGAUUGCAUGGCGGCCAACAUGCCAUCUCAUCCUACUCCCCGCAGUCUCAGAUGUUUCCUCCUCCUCUCCCUGCUGGCUCUCAGCUGGGUAGCAGCGUCGUGGGAUCGCCUGUGGACACGAUCGCUGUGGUAGGAGCUCCUUCAGCGUCAGUGGAUAGGUUUGGCUCCGGUUGCGCGUUCGUUGUCUUCCAGACCCGCUGGAAGGAGGAGCUGCAGUUGAGGCUGGUGGAGGGAGGGACGCUGCUUCCUCCAUCAUGGGGGUUGUGCUCUGUCAACGAGACGGAGGAGGGUUUCUCGGACGUGACGUGUGCGUACGAGAUUGACUUUGGGAGAUCGUUGUCGCUGAUCUUCCUGGAGGAGGGAGUGAUCUGCACCAGGAGCAGGCAUCUCCUCGCCGUCGGAGCCCCUGGCGCCACUCCCAGCUCGUUGCAGCGUGGCAGCGGCGCUGUUUUCCUGUACGAGAUGUUCUCCCCCUCCUCCGGCCCGCAGCUCGUGCAGACGUUGAUCCCUUCCUACUGCUACCGCCAUUGCGAGGGCGACGGCUACGGCUGGUCGGUCGCCCUGCAUGCCACCACCAACUCCUCCCUCCUAGUCGUCGGAGCCCCAGGAGCAAGCAUCUCCGACCAGGGUCGAGUCGGGCUGGUCGGGGUUUGGGAGAGGGUAGGAGAUGAAUUUGUCCAGACCCGCCUCCUUCACCCCCCCCUCACUGCCGAGCAGUUUCCUCCUGCCUCCCUGACCUGCGGCUCGACCACCUUCCUCUGCCGGCACUUGACCAUUGAGAACCUCCUGGCGACCCCCGGCGGCCGGUUCGGGGAGGCCGUUGCUGUGUUCGGCAACAGGAUCUUCGUGGGGUCGCCGGGAGCUGGGGUCGGAGGUGGGAUCGUUGCUGGGAGGAUCGGAGCUGUGUACGUCUUCGACAAGUUUGCUCCAUCUCUGGGGAGGGCUUUCUCCUUCUCCCCCAGGAGAUACUUCCCCUCCUCCUCCUCCUCCUCCUCCUCCGGGCUCACUGGGUCCUGGGGGCUGCGGCAAGUUCUUGUCGACAGCAGCGGAGGGUCAGGUGCUCGGUUCGGCUUCUCCCUGUAUGUCAACGAGCAGCUGCUCGCCGUCGGGUCCCCUGGCUGGACCAACUUCCGGGCCGAGAACGAGAGGAGGACGCUGGACUCUGGCGCUGUGCUGACUUUCGCGGAGAGUGCGGAGGGGAACUUGUACGAGUACCAGCGGGUCCUGCCAGACGUGACGUCGAACAGCUCCAGCGAGAUGUUUGGCUUUGCCGUCUCCCUCAAUCCCCUCGGUUACGCUGCCGUCAGCGCGCCAGGGAGAACGGCCCCGGCGCGAUGGCCAGAUGAUUUCAUGGAGCAGGACGGGAGACUGAGGAGGAGGACCCAGGGCAGUGCCUUCCUGUUCGUUCCUAACUCCUCCUCGUCCUCCUCCUCGCCAUUAUCGCUUCACCUGGUGCAGAGGCGAGAGGUCCAGGAUAUCUUCGCAUGCUCAAACGCCAGAGUCGGCCACUCGCUCUCCUUCGACGGCGACUUCCUCCUCCUCGGAGCCCCUGGAGGGAGCGAGGUGGACUCGGCCGACAGGUUUGCCAAGGGAGCACGAGCUGGAAGCGUUUCAGUCUUCAAGGUGUCACAGACGACCAGUCAAGUAGGAUACGUCUGGAGCCAUUCGGUCAUCAACUCCAUCGAUCACGCUCCUGCUUCAUCCUGCCUGGAGCUGCUGGAGAGAGGAUAUAACCAGUCGGGCCUCUACUGGCUGCUGCCGCAGAAUGAAGACGGCUUCGUCAACCACACCAAGGAGCACGUCGGCUACUGCGACAUGCAGACCAUGGGAGGGGGAUGGCUGAUGUGCUUCACAACAACUGAGCGUGUCGAUCUUGUGAACGAGUUCGCUUUCGACCUCUCACUCCCUUACGGGACUGAUGGCUACCGAGCGGACUGCAGGAACUAUCCUUUCUCAGAGGUCCUCUACGUCCAGCACCUUGAGCAGGGCGUCUUGUCUUCCAACUUCCAGGAUGGAGGUGACGUCAUCACCGUCUACAGGGCCGUCAGCCGCUCACCGACGACCGUCAUGGGAGGAUCUUGGACGGCAGCAGGAUGGGAGGAGGCUAGUCUGCGAGGAGGAGUGGCGGGCGACGUGUACGGGAGGUACUUGUGGAGGAUGUACGACUUUGGCGACAAGCACGGAGGAGGGAUGUGGGACGAGGAGAUGCAGCUGAACGUCUGCGCAGCAGGGAGAGAGACGGCCGGGUUUUUCUUCUCGGGGGUGGAGAGGACCGCGGCAUGUCAAGACGGCUGGAAGAGCUGCUCUGACUGGUGCAAGGACGAGGUGUCCAAGUACAGCAGGGCAUCUCAGGAGGGAGGAUGCAUGUACGGGGGGAGCCCCGAGGCCCUGGGGGUCAGCAACCGGAACCUCUUCCUAUCCCGCCAGCUGCGAUCCAGCAGCAGCGUCAGCUCGAACUUCUCAGCCGAUUACGGGCGGCUCUACCAGGCACCCGACGCGAACUUCGAGAGAGGAGCAUGGCGACCACAGCUGGAAGACGCCGAGGCCUAUCUCGAGGUCGAGCUCCAUCAGCUGGAAGACAGUUUGGUCGCUGUUGGCCUGCAGGGAGGGAGGUGGGGCGUCAACGGCAGCAACGAGGGCUGGGUCAAGUCGUUCUUGGUGCGCAGCAGCACGACGGGGGUCGACUGGAUGUUGGUAGGAGACGAGGAGACAGGGCAGGGGACCCUCUUCCAAGGCAACGAGGACGCAGACAGUGUCCGCCUGAUUUCCUUCCCUUCUCCUCUCUCCGCUCGCUUCCUCCGCAUCUUCCCGGUCUCGUGGGAGAACGAGGCGGCUCUAAGGGUGGAGCUCUACCGCUCCUCCUGCCCUCCCUCCUCCUUCUCCGGCACCUGCGUCGGGCGCAAUGGUCACGUCCAGCGCCCUCCAUCUCGGAUAUCCGUGGGGCUGCGAAACUACCAGGGCAAGUGCCAGGCUGGAUGGACCGGGGACGGGGUACACUGCUCCUGCUCUGCACGGUCGAUAACCGACGUUCUCGCCUACUGGAGGUUCGAGGGGGAGGGAGGGAGAGGAGGCGCAAUAGCAAUCGAGAUCAACGCAGCAUCGCCCGUCGGGCUGCAGGACGAGUGGUACCGGGAGAGCGGGGUCGCAUCCCCUCGCAACGAUCUCUAUGCUCAGGGAGGCGGAGGGAGCCUCGCCCCUGUCUACUCCGGUGAAGUCCCCCCAGAGGAGAAGUUCGCCGUUCUCUGCGCAGGCACCAGGGCCUCUGCCUUCUUCCCCGGGGUCAACUUCCUGUCUCCCUCUCCUGCCUCCUCCCUCAACCUCAUCAACGUCUCCUCCUUCACCAUCGAGUUCAGCUUGCGGGUUGAUGAACCUCAGGGCUGGGACUCGUGCCUGCUCGAUUUCUCAGGGGAUCACCCGGGGCUGCGGGUUCAGUUGAGCAUGUCAAGGAGGAUUGUACUCUCAUGGACGACCGCGUCCCUCGACCUCCUCUCGCUAGCUGGCUCCACGGAGCUGCAUGAAGGAAGAUGGUGGAAGGUAACCAUCGUCGGGGACCGGACCCAAGGAACGUGCAAGAUCUUCGUCUUCGAUCGCGACACGGGCUCGUGGAGGGCAGACGCCGAGCUCGCAGCAUGCAGCAGCGACUUGUUCACAUCGCAGCCCAACAUCAGGUGGAGAGUGGGAGCAUGCGGUGACGUCGGCCGCUCCUUCGGCUUCUUCCGCGGGUUUCUCGAUGAGAUUCGCAUCUCGUCCUCUGCUCUCCCCAUCUAUCGAUGGCUGUGGCAACCCUAG